AUGUCCCCUCACUUGCGCACCUUAAUGCUGGAGCAGCUAAUCCCAGAGCUCACUGGGCUCCUCAGCCUCCUGGACCAUGAGUACCUCAGUGACAGCACCCUGGAGAAGAAGAUGGCUGUGGCCUCCAUCCUGCAGAGCCUGCAGCCCCUCCCAGCUAAGGAAGUCUCCUUCCUAUAUGUGAACACUGCAGACCUGCACUCAGGGCCCAGCUUCGUGGAAUCCCUCUUUGAAGAAUUUGACUGUGACCUGGGUGAACUUCGGGAUAUGUCGGAUGAUGGGGAACAACCCAGCAAGGGAGCCAGCCCUGAGCCAACCAAGAGCCCGUCUCUGAGAAACCUGCCCCUGGAUUCUGCCAGUAUUCCUAUAAGCUUGGCUCUUUCUGACAACCUCACAGAUGGCUGCAGCCCCUCCCAGUCGAUUGUGGACGGCUACUAUGAGGACGCGGACAGCAGCUACCCCACCGCAAAGAUGAAUGGAGAGCUGAAGAGCUCCUACAACGACUCUGAUGCCAUGAGUAGCUCCUAUGAGUCCUAUGAUGAAGAGGAGGAGGAAGAGAAGGGACGGCGCGCGGGGCACCAGUGGCCCUCAGAGGAGGCCUCCAUGCACCUGGUUAGGGACUGCAGGAUAUGUGCUUUCCUGCUUCGGAAAAAGCGCUUUGGGCAGUGGGCCAAGCAGCUGACAGUCAUCAAAGAGGAGCAGCUACUGUGUUACAAAAGCUCCAAGGACCGGCAACCACAUCUGAGGCUGGCGCUAGAUGUCUGCACUGUUGUCUACGUGCCCAAGGACAGCCGGCACAAGCGGCAUGAGUUGCGAUUCUCCCAGGGAGCCACGGAGGUGUUGGUCCUGGCUUUGCAGAGCAGGGAGCAGGCUGAGGAAUGGCUGAAGGUUAUCCGAGAGGUCAGCAGGCCAUGCGGGGGAGCCGAGGGCUUGGAGGCCCCCAGAUCUCCAGUCUUCCUGUGCAAGCUGGAUCAGGAUAAGAGAUUGUCCCAAGAGAAACAGAAUUCAGACUCUGACAGCCUGGGCAUGAAUGACAGCAGCUCCACCCUCAGCCGCCGAGAAGCCUGUGAACAUGGUAAAGGGAAGAAGAAUAGCCUCGCUGAGCUAAAGGGCUCCAUGAGCAGGGCUGCAGGCCGAAAGAUCACCCGCAUCAUCAGUUUCUCCAAGAAGAAGGCGCUGGCUGAGGACCUGCAGACAUUUUCCAGUGAGAAUGAGGUUCCAUGCUGUGAUCCCUGCACCAUGUCCAGCACACACUGUGAGCUCAGCAAGCACGUGUUGAGCAGUGCAUUAGUGGCAAGCUGUUCAGAGGACAUGGGCCGUUGGCUUGGGCUGCUGCUGGUGGAGAUGGGCUCCAAAGUCACCCCAGAGGCGCUGCACUAUGACUACGUGGAUGUGGAGACCUUAACCAGCAUUGUCAGUGCUGGGCGCAACUCCUUCCUGUAUGCACAGUCCUGCCAGGAUCAGUGGCCUGAGCCCCGUGUCUACGAUGAGGUUCCUUAUGAAAAGGUGCAGGAUGAGGAGCCCCAGCGCCCUUCCGGGGCUCAGGUGAAGCGCCAUGCCUCCUCCUGCAGUGAGAAGUCCCAUCGUGUGGACCCACAGGUCAAAGUCAAGCGCCAUGCCUCCAGUGCCAAUCAGUACAAGUACGGAAAGAACCGGGCUGAGGAGGAUGCCCGCAGGUACCUGGUAGAAAAAGAGAGGUUGGAAAAAGAGAAGGAGAUGAUUCGGACAGAACUGAUGGCUUUGCGACAGGAGAAGAAGGAGCUAAAGGAAGCCAUCCGGAAUAACCCAGGAGCAAAGUUGAAGGCCUUGGAGGAGGCUGUGGUCACUCUAGAAGCACAGUGUCGUGCCAAGGAAGAGCAGAGGAUCGACCUGGAGCUGAAGCUAGUGGCUGUGAAAAAACAUUUGCAACAGUCCCUGGCAGGGGGCCCCGCCCUAGGCCUGUCUGUGAGCAAUAAGAACAGGAACCAGGAAAGUACAAAUAAACCCCAAAGUAAUACCCCAGAGCAAUCUCUCCCUGUCAACUGUGUUUCUGAGCUGAGGAAGAGGAGUCCAUCCAUUGUAACCUCCAACCAAGGAAGGGUGCUACAGAAGGCCAAGGAAUGGGAAAUGAAGAAGACCUAAGAAGGGUGAGAAUUCCAUCCUAAAGGAGUAUCAGCUUGUCCAUCUAAAGAGGAAAUGCUUUCUUCACAAAGACAUCGGGAAUAGACUGGAGCACCCAAAAGACCAGCUUGAUUGUCUGCAUGACUUUAGGGAUGGUGGGAAGGGAGAAGUGGAAAGCAUCCUUCCAGCUUUACAGAGGGUGGAGGGGGGAGCGGCAGGAGAUAGAAUCGUGCACCUUUGUAAAGGUUUCGUUAGGUAUCUCUGCCUUCUGAAGCAAUGAAAGCACAUGUGAAUAAGCCAUUCCACCUUUCCUCAGCAUCCAGGCCCAGUCCUCAAUGCAAAGGAAGACAGUGUUGAAGCACUGGUAGCGUCAUGAUGAAAGAAGAUGCUCCAUCACCUGAAAACAUUUAGGCAGACUGCAUUCCUAUUGGACAUUACAGACAACCCUUGGGUGAGGGUAAUGGACUGGAAAAUCAAUAUAUCCCUGCCUACACAACAGUGAACAAAAGCUAUUGAGAACAUAAAAAUGCCACAGUUGUUCUUCAUCUGUUUUAGUGCCAGGCAAACUACAGCCACUGGAACCUUCCAGAUCUGAGCAUUUUAAAAUCAGAUUAUCUGAGUAUGCAUAGGGGAAAGAGAGUUGAUCAGCUGGCCCAUUUUAAACUCAGUGGCAGAAGUAUGAAGUUCUAAUGCCCACACAUUGUUGCAUGCAUUGGAGGGUGGAGUCAUUUGCUGUCAGUCAAGUGCUUACCUAUUUAAUGUGAUCCUAAGACUCCUGGGACUGUGAUUGGAGGACUAAGUUUUUAGUCUAAUGAAGUCUUCAUCUUGUACUAGGAGGCCUGCAAGCCUGUCUUCAUAUCUGCUAUGCAGUGAAACUAUUGAGGAAAACCAACAGGAUGGUGGCUCAUUUCUGCCAUGAGGGUGCUAAGCCUUUUCCAAACACUUGAUAUUUUUAUAGGACCUCAAGUCCUAGGCAACCUCUUUUCUGUGCUAUU